CCCAAAUGGUGCAAUUGAGUAGUGAGAUGAGUGGUGUGUGGGGGUGGAGGGGAGCAGAUCCGAAACGUCCCCCUCCCUGGAGAGGAGAGCAGAGACAACCCAUGCCCCGCUCCUACCCCCACACACCCAAGUUCCAAAUCCAUCUGUACCUCUGUUUACAGUCCAAAGUCCCGGGCAUUGGAGAUGCCAGCUUUGGCGUGCUUGGACACACAGACACUCAGACACGCAGACACACGGGGCUCAGGGCCCUCCUAUGGACCCCGCCCCCCUCCCCUCCCAUCAUCCAGGGCUGUCCACCUACCCCAAUUCUCCAGGCUUCACCCCCUUCCUUAACUUGGGAUCUGCACAGCACUGAGGGACCUGGGAGCCAGACCUCGAGACCUUGAGCAAUCGCAGGUUCAGUGCCAGCACUAUCAUGACAAAGGAGUAUCAAGACCUUGAGCAUCUGGACAAUGAGGAGAAUGACUGUCAUCAGCUCAGAAAAGGGCCACCUCCUCCCCAGCCCCUGCUGCGGCGUCUCUGCUCUGGACCCGGCCUGCUCCUGCUCUCCCUGGCCCUCAGCCUCAUUCUGCUCGUGGUUGUCUGUGUGAUCGGAUCCCAAAACUCCCGGCUGCAGCAGGAGAUGCAGGCUCUGAGACAGACGUUCAGCAACUUCACAGUGAGCACUGAGGCUGAGGUCAAGGCUCUGAGCACCCAGGGAGGCAAUGUGGGAAGAAAGAUGAAGUCGCUGGAGUCCCAGCUGGAGAAACAGCAGCAGGACUUGAGUGAAGACCACUCCAGCUUGCUGCUCCACGUGAAGCAGUUUGUGUCUGACCUGCGGAGCCUGAGCUGUCAGAUGGCAGCCCUCCAGGGCAAUGGCUCUGAAAGGACCUGCUGCCCUGUCAACUGGGUGCAGUAUGAAGGCAGCUGCUACUGGUUCUCUCGCUCUGGGAAGUCCUGGCCCGAGGCUGAGAAGUACUGUCAGCUGGAGAGUGCUCACCUGGUAGUGAUCACAUCUUGGGAUGAGCAGAAAUUUGUCCAGCACCACAUAGGGCCUGUGAAUACCUGGAUGGGCCUCACCGACCAAAAUGGGCCCUGGAAGUGGGUGGACGGGACGGACUAUGAGACAGGUUUCAAGAACUGGAGACCAGAGCAGCCAGAUGACUGGUAUGGGCACGGGCUUGGAGGAGGUGAGGACUGUGCCCACUUUACUGAUGAUGGUCGCUGGAAUGAUGAUGUCUGCCAGAGACCCUACCGCUGGGUCUGUGAGACAGAACUGGGCAAGGCCAGCCAGAAGCCUUCUCUCCCCUAAUUUAUUUCCUCAAUGCCUUGACUGGCUGAAGGGGCCUGGGAUUGGGAAUCCUCCUAUCUCAGGGCCUCCUCCACCUUCUCUGAUUUUUCAUCUAGGAUUUUAAGGGAAGGGGAAAAGAUGGUGUCUGAGGAAUGUAGGGUGAUGUUGGGAGGAGUGGGGAAAUUGAAAUCCAUGUCACUUUCUGCAGUUUGUGGAUUAUUGCUGUCAACUUUUUUUUUUUUUAGAAUAAAAAGAAGAGAAAUAUAUCUAAACAUUC